UCACAACACUAACGGCUCAAACAGGCCUUGGGGCCAUGGCUAAAGACCCAUUAGCCGAGGCAGGCUUUUAUUUUGAUGAGCUCAACAAGCUGAGGGUUUUGGAGCCUGAUGUCAGCCAGAAGACAUCAGAGCUGAAGGAGGAGUGCAAAGAAUUUGUGGACAAAAUUGGACAGUUUCAGAAGAUCGUAGGUGGCCUAAUUGAGCUGGUGGAUGGCCUGGCAAAAGAAGCCGAGACAGAGAAGAUGAAGGCAAUUGGAGCCAGGAACUUGUUGAAGUCUGUGGCGAAACAAAGAGAGGCCCAACAGCAGCAGCUUCAAACUCUUAUUGCUGAGAAGAAGAUGCAGCUCGAGAG